CAGCCAGCAAGAAGAGGUGAUCUUACGAUGAAUACCUUCAGCCGACAAAAGUUUCCCCUACAUGUCUUUCCUUUUACUAAACCCCGUUGUCGCAUUUCCCUCAACCGGAGGAAGAAGUCGAAAACCCUUCGCCGGCAUAUGAAGCGGCUGCGAUCGGAGAUGGAAGAAAUAAGUCAGGAACAAGGAGAGAUAAAAGAAGGGCAAAGACUAGUGAGAGAAAAAUUUGAAGCCGUGGAAAUGGAGUGCGAGCAGCUUCGAAAGGAGACUAACAUGAUAAUGCAGCAGAGCAUGAGCACCCAGCUCCGCCUUGCAUUCAUGUUCCAAAUUUUAAAAGCCAGAGAAAACCAAGACUUCAACCAAGCCGCUCAACUCACCGCCGCUCUCCGGGAGCUGAUAGCCGGGGAGAAUGAGCAGAAAGCAUGAAACAGUGAGAAAUAUAUGAAUAAAAGUCUAAGGGUGGCGAAGAGGAGCUGCUCUUUCUAUCGUAUAAAUUGAUAAUUAAUUAAUCGUUUUAUGUACGUCGUUCUAGUCAAUGUUAUUCUUCUAAUUCCGGCUUUAGCCUUUCGUGUGUGUUUGAAUUUUAUGCGUGUGGUGUACGAAUGAUUUUCCUAUUAAGUUACAUUGUAUGAUAUGUUCUCGUU